AUGGCUUCAACAGACAGUAAGAUCCGUAUCGGUAUCUAUGGAUGCGGGUCUUGGGCGAAUCGAACCCACAUCCCGAACCUACUGAAACUCGAUGGCGUCGAAAUCGUCGCCAUCUGUGAUAGCAACCUACAGUCGCUCAAAUCAACCGCCGAAGCGUUUAAUAUUUCCAAAACCUACGCCGACGGGCACCAGAUGGUGGAUAACGAAAAUAUGGACGCGCUUUACUCCGUCGUCCCGGCUUAUGCGCGGACUGAUGUCGAAGCAACCGCCGCCGCAAAAGGGAUUCAUAUUUUCAGCGAGAAGCCGCAGGCACUGACGAUGGAGGUCGCCCAUAAGAUUGACGAUGCGAUUCGGGGUGCCGGCGUAAUCAGCACUGUCUGUUUCCGGGAACGGUAUCGCCCAAUUUUUCAGGAGGCGCGUAGACGUCUGGAAGGGACAGAAAAUUGUCCAUGUCCGAUUCCAGAGCGUCAGCGGGUUGCCCGAACCUCUAUCUGGAUCGCUAAAGGAUUCUUGGUGGUCUGA